UUUGGAGGAAUUUUGGCCCAAGCCGCGACCUGUAGUGGCUGCUGCGCUCCCGCCAAUUUGAAAGUCUAAGGCGGCUGAGCGUGCUGGUGAGAAUGUGGAAUGAUAUCGAAAUUCUGGUGAACGAUGACACAAGAAGUGAGCAGCUCUCUGUGUGCUUAGGCCAGGAAUGUGGCAGUGCCUUAUACCAAGUGGACUCACUGCUUCAAAUAACAUCUUCAGAAAAGGUCUCAGUUAAUCCUCAUUUGUACGCAUGCAGCUCAAGGGAUGGCAGCAUUAUUGUUGUUGACAGAUCAGUGGUACUUCUUGACAGCACAGGACAGGCUCUGCAGCUGCACAUUCAGUUUGAUACUAACGUGGAUGUGGUUGGUAUGUGUCAAGAAAAACAGUUCCUUGUGGUUGGUGAGAGAAGUGGUAAUAUCCAUCUUAUUCAUAUUCCAUCAAAAAAAACCUUGCUGACUAAGAUUUUGGCUGAAACAUCUUCAAGUGAAAAGACCUACUUAAAUCUCUUUAUCGAAAAAGAUUCAGCAGUUGCAGGUGUUUAUCAUAUGUUCAUUCUCACGAGCAAGGGUUUCUUUUGCAUUAUGCAUCUCCCACUUGCUAAAACACAAGAAGCAAUUGACAAGAUGGAUAUAACUGCAGCAACGAAGUUACAAGGUCAGAUAAAGACAGCUUUCAUUUCCACGGAGGAAUAUCACAGCCUUGGCUGUCAGAAUUCUGUGAUAAGUAAUUUGGCAAAUAAAAUCCACGUGAUAAUUGGGGGUAAAGGAGGUUAUGUACUCUCCAAAUGGGAGGUAGACCCUACCAACAACCUGGUAUCUGUUCGAAGCUUUGCUGAUUCAAGUCUGAUCAAAGAUGCAGUGAAACUUCAAGUUCUUGACAAUCUGCUGUUUGUUUUAGAUACAGAGAAUAUCUUAAGCAUAUGGGAUGUUUAUUCUCUUACUUUAAUUUGGGAUUGGCCUUUAAUACAUAUUGAAGAAUUUCUUCUAACCACAGAGUCUGAUUCUUCUUCAAUCAUGCAGCAAGGGCUUGCAGAUGUUAAACUGAUAGCCAUGACAACACCCACUAAUAAACAGAUGAGAAGUUUAAUGGUUUUUGCACUACCUACUAUGCAACAGCUCUAUUCUUUGGAAGUAUCUGUUGUUUCUUCACUCGUCCUAAGUGGGAUUGGCACAGAUACAAUAUACUUCUUGGAAGGAAUUCGUGAAAAUCAUCAGAUGUCCACUGAAGGCCCAGUUUCUGUUGUUGUGAUGAGAAGUUUAACUGAAGCCUUGCCAGAAAAUAGACUGAGUCGCUUACUUCACAAACACAAAUUCACUGAGGCAGAGAGUUUUGCUAUACAAUUUGGACUCGAUGUUGAGCUUGUAUACAAAGUAAAAGCAAACAUGAUUUUAGAGAAGCUAGCUUCAGCCUCCAUUGGAAGCUAUGGUCAAGAAGUUCUACUGGAUUAUGUGAAUGAAGCCAAAGAAAAUCUGCUUAAAAUUCAGGAUAGCCAGUUUGUUGUGGAUUACUGCAUAAAUGCUCCAUGGCCACUAUAUGAAACUGCUCAAGAAAUGUUAAACUAUGCUAAAGUCAGGAUCUUAAAGAAAGAUGAUAGAACCAUUGUUUCACCAUCUGAUGGGGCUCUAGUAUCUCUAACUGAGGUAUUGAGAGCUCAGGCAAGGCUUACAACUUUCUAUGGAGCUUAUGGACUAGAGAAGUUCAGUGGUAUUGCUUGGACAGAAUUCUUGAACAAUGAAGACAUUUUAAAGAAUAUCCUUUUUCAGCUAGAAGGAGGAAAUUUAUCUUGUGCACAGUACCUCUGGCUUAGGCAUCAGGCAGAUUUUGAAAAUACCUUUGAUGAGAAAAUGCUGGAGAGCUUGCUUAAUGCCAUCCAUGUCACUGUUCCUCUAAAGGAACUAUGUUUGUGGCUGAAAAGUGUUGUGAUUCCCUUCUUAAGAAGAGUUGUGCCAAAGGGACAGAAAAUAUUAGCCAAAUGGCUGGAACAAGGUGCUCGCAACCUUGAAUUAACUGAUAAGGCAAAUUGGCCAGAGAAUGGGCUGCAAAUGGCAGAGAUUUUUUUUACAAGUAAAAAUCAAGACGAAAUGCAUCUGACAAGUUUUGGCCAGUGGACUCCUUUGAGAUGCAGUGACUGUGAAGAAGUACGUAGGUUGAAGAAACUGGUAAAUGAUUUACAAGAACUGAUAGACCUCUACAGAAAAUACAACUGCAGGCUGGCACUCUGUGAUUUUGAAAAGGAGAACACAACUACUAUCGUGUUUCGUAUGUUUGAUAAAAUUUUGGCACCAGAGCUUGUCCCAUCUAUUCUGGAUAAGUUUAUAAAGCCUUACCUCUGUGAACAUAAUCUCCAAAAGGAUGAACUUCUUUUACAGUAUAUAAAGGACUUGCUAGAACGUUGCCGUACACGGUCUGCUUCUGUAUUUGAAACUGCAUGGGAGGCAAAGGCAAUAGCUGUCAUUGGUUGCAUCUCCGAUACAGAUCUGAAAUUUGAUGCAGUUCUGCAGAUAAUGCAUGGUGCUGUGGUACCAUGGAGUGGAGCAGUAGAGCAGCUGGUAAAACAGCAUUUGGAAAUGAAUCAUGUCAAAGUAAAGUUAUUGCAGGAAAGUUACCGACUAAUGGAAAUGAAGAAGCUUUUGCGGGCCUAUGGGAUAAGAGACACUAAUCUCUUAAAGGACAAGCAGAUGAUAAUGAGGCUAGUGAAAUACAUUCUUAAACAAGAUACUCCUACUUCUUUGGAGGAUGCUUUGAAAAUGGUAGAAGCAUAUAUGUUACCCACCAUGGAAGUCUACAUACUGAGGAUGAUAGACCUCAUUGACAAAGAAAGGGGAGAGGAAUCACUGACUUUGUUAAAGUCUCUGACUAUUGCUGAAGCUGAGAAAGUUGCAGAGAGAUUGACUGUGUGGGGAACACUGGUGUUAAAGAGGAAAGCGGAUAAUUCUGAAGAGGUACCAACUCAUUUGUUGCAGGAAGACUUUAAUAUCUUUCUUUCAGUUGAAGACUUCGGGAAUCCUACUCUGAUGUCGACACUUCUUGAAAAGCACAUAAAUGCUUAUGAAACUGACAAAUAUCUGUCAAAGUCUAGAAAAGAACAAACAACAAAUUCUAAAACAAAAGAUGGUAAAUUAAAGAAGUGUUCUACUGAGUCAAAGUUGUACAGAAUGGCUUUGCUUCUGCAAAGAUCAGAGCAAGAGCUGGGUACAACAUUGGCCUUGAGAGCAUUAGAUGCUGGAAAAGUUGAAGAUGCUGUAAAAAUAUGCAGGGACUUCUAUAAAAAUCACUGUAAUAAAGAAACAGGGAGGCUACUGUUCUCAACUUGUCAAAAGCUUUGUCAUAUGUUGGGUGGUGAUGUUCCAGCAAUCACUCCUGAAGACAUGAACCUUCCUGCAGUGAUCUAUGAAAUGGCUUGUCAGGCAGCUACAAUAUGUAGCCCAGAUCUGCUACUAGAUUCUCUGGAACUAUGUAAAUAUACUUUAGCUGCCAAGGAAAUUUACAGACAGUGCCAAAUAGAAAACUAUGGGUUUACAGCAAAGACAACAUGUUUUGGUGGAGAUAAAGAUCCUUAUGAAGAAUGGACUUACAAUGAUUUCUUUAAUGAAGAUGGGAUAGUUCUUGAUCCACAGAUUAUUCUUCCAGUCAUAUAUGAAACUAUUUCUUCUCUUCUACCUACUUCUGAGAACAAGCUGUAUCCUUUGGACUCUACCAGCCUGGCAAACUGCACAUUUAUUAAAGGACAGAACCUUCUACUGCCAGCUAGAACUCCCAUCUGUGCAGUGCUACAAAACCUCAUGGAGUGCAGUCAGUGUGAGUUAGCUCUGCGGCUGAUAGUCUGCUCAUUUGGAUCCUGUCUUCAGCACGGUAUCUCAAACAACAUGGAUUUAUCUCUGGGUGAGAAGCUGCAUGAUGGCAAUACACUAGCUGAAAUCAAAGGUUUUCUCAUUGCUAUGAAACAGACGACCGCAUCAAUAAUUACGACCUCUAUCAUGACCUUGCUACACAAGGUGUUUAACUGUCGUCUCAUAGAUCAGGACCUGGCACUGGGGUACUGUGCUAUUUUGCCCAGGGAAGAUACGUUUAAUAAGCUCUGGGGUGUCAUAAACAACACGUGGCAAAAUUACAGAAAAGUUCUGUCAGUAGCUCUGGUUGGAGCACAGCUUGCUAUCCAAUAUGGUGAAGCAGCAGAAGAAAAAAAAUUCCGAGAGCUGAUAACUGAUGCAGAAUGGGGUAUCCAGCUUGGUAAAUUUGGUAUUUCUUUUGAGACUGUAUUUAGACAACCACCAAUAAGGAAGAAGGAACUCAUAAGAACUCUUGUACAAAAUCCAGAAGUAGGCACAGAUCUCAUAUUGAAUUACUGCAGAACUUUCAUGCUGGACAGUGAUGCCGCACUGCAGCUUUGCAUUGAAACACUUCUUCUCAAGAAUGCUAAUAGAAAUCACGUCGAAGAUGACUCUGCAGAAUACAGUGAGAAGCAAUCUCAUUACACGUUACUGGCUAGAGUGCUAGAAAUAAUUCCUCUGCUGAAAAGCCCAAAUGACCUGGUCACUAGCCUCAGUGGAAUAUUGUACAAGCUUGAUCCUUAUGACUAUGAAACUAUUGAAAUUGUCUUGAAAGUGAUACAGAACGCUGAUGAAAGGAAUACCAGUAUUCAGCUCAAUCAGGCUUUGAGCCUUCUCAAACAUCUGGAGUCAUAUAAAAGAAUUUCCCCACCAGUGGACCUGGAACACCAAUAUGUUUCAGAGCACAUGAUUCCUUUAUCUCCAGCUUCUGAAACCAGACUACCCUUUCAUUUGAUAUUCUUCAGAACUGCACAGUGUUUUUGGAACAUUAUAUCUGCAGAGCUCAGUGAGGAAUCUUUCCCAACACUUCUGUUGAUUUCCAAACUAAUGAAGGUUUCACUGGAUACCUUGCACAUGUCUGCAGCUCAGCAUAUCUUUCAAAAAAAGUUGAAACCAAAAAUAUUUGAAAUGAGAAACACGGGGUAUACAUCAGUUGUUAACAAGGAAACAACUAAAACUGUGCAGACAAUUCAGUCAUAUCUACUGUCUAUAAUUAAUCCAGAGUGGGCUGUAGCUAUGGCCCAUAAGAUUGCACAAGAAUUUCCCACAGGUCCUGACCAGAUUCAGGCAUUGAAAUUCUGUCUCCGUCUAGCUGAGAAAUGGCUUAAGAAUACUACUGCUGAGGAUGAAUCACACAAAAAAGCAGAAGUCUUACAGAAGAAGUUAUAUAUGCAGUAUAAGCGAUCAGCAACAGAAAAUGUUCUAAUAACCUACAAGCUGAACACUGCAGAGUAUUUAAAGUCUAUUGCAAAACCAGCAAACCUUAUUGUUUUACUGUACGAACACCACAGUAUAGACCAAAGAAUCCAAAAUCCAACAGGUCGAGAUUAUCCAGAUAUCCAUAUGGCAGCUAAGGAGAUAGCUGAAAUUAACAACUUGGAUAUGAAUAAAAUUUUGAAUAAACUGCUGAAUAAAUGGCUGUGUCCAAAUACACUGCCCUCAGAAAAAACUCAAGAUAUCUUUGGAGAUGCACAGGAAGAUGAAGAACUCCGAAGAGUUAUAUAUCUACUUCAGUCACACCCAAUGGAUUAUAGUUCAAGAAUGCUUUUUGCAAUUACAACAUCUGCCACAUCUCCCAUUGGUGUCAAUCAGCUGACAUUUGCUCACAGGAGCAGAGCACUUAAGUGUCUGCUCUACCUGGCAGAUACCAGCACUGUGGAAUCACUCUUCAAGAAACCCAUUAAGAAAGUAAAGUAUUUUCUAAAAUGCUUCGUUUACCUGGCAGAGUUUGAAGUCUUGAAUAUUCCAUAUACCUAUGAAUCAUUUCAUAAGAGUCCUAAGGAAGGAAUGAUUAAGGGGCUAUGGAAGAAUCACAGCCAUGAGCCCACGGCUGUCAGGCUGGUGACUGAACUUAGCCUAGAAUAUAAAGUAUACGAUUUCCAGCUGUGGAAUGGCCUACUACAGAAACUUCUUGGUUUCAAUAUGAUUCAUUAUCUUAAGAAAGUUCUGAUAGCAAUUACUGGGAUUCACUCAUUAUGGCAGAUUCCCAGCUUCAGUCGAGCGUGGCGAAGUGUGGUUUUAUCACCAUUUCUCACAGCUUCAUGUCCACCGAGUCCUAAACAGAUAGAGGAAUGCUGUGAGUGUUUUGUGAUUCUGCUCAAGUGUCCUGUACUGGCUGAUUUGGAUGUCAUUGGAAUAGCUAAACAAUACGCACAGUUGGACCUUCCAGCUUUUGCUUUGGGAUGCCUGAUGCUGAUUCCUCAGUUUGAGAAGCGGGAGCAGCAAAUUCAGGCUUUCUUGUCAACAUGUAAUACUGAAACUGUGCUGCAACAAAUAGAUGAGCAUAUGAAUGCUGGAGAAGUAGUGGCUUUUGCUUCACAAAUUAGAUCUUUGAUUUUGGACAGUAUCAUAAAUGAGAAGCUAUAUGAAAAGUUCUUGAAAACGAAGUAUUUUCCACUGGUGAAGCAACAACUGAUGAGCACUCACCGAAUGAAAGAACUGGUGGAUUAUUUUGCCAACAAGAACUGCAUUGAGGAUGCAGCAGCCCUAAUUCGAGAGUAUCAAGAGAAAUAUGGAAACCCUACUCUGCUAGAUAAAUCCUCCUCUGAUAUUCUGAAGAUGUACCUGAAUGGACCACAGGAGACGUGUGUAAUAGAACUGUCAUCUAUGAAGUCUUGAUUUACCCUCAGUCUUUUCUCCCUCUGCUGGCAAGACAAGUGUUAUGCAUUCACAAUGCACAUAGUGGUCAAGUAAACAUUGAACUAAAACCUCACUGCUCUUUUACCAAAAGUUGGCCCUAGCUUUCCACAUCUUUUUCUUUUUUUCUUUAAUCUGCUCUAGAGUGUUUCCAUAAGCUGUCCCUUGUA